AUUCAAAACCACAGCCCCUCUCUCUUUCAUACACCCACUUCCACACAUGGCUACCUUUCUAACAAAACCUGCCUUUUGUAGUCUUGUAUUAGUGAGCCUUGUUACAUUGACCAUUGUCUUAUUUCCCUCCCUCACCACCCUUUCAAAACUCCUCCCCAUCACAUUCUCUCUCCUCCUCUUUCUCUCUCCUCUCCUAUCCUAUUUCAAGCAACCCAAUCUCCCCCCUGGCCCACCCUCCUUCCCACUCUUUGGCAAUUGGCUCCAAGUUGGCAAUGAUCUCAGCCACAGGUUCCUGGCCUCCUUGUCCCAAAAGUACGGUCGCCUCUUCCUUCUAAAGCUUGGCACCAGGAACUUAGUCGUCGUCUCGGACCCGAACCUCGCCAAUGAGGUCCUACACACCCAAGGCGUCGAAUUUGGGUCCCGCCCACAAAAUGUUGUCUUUGACAUAUUUACGGGCAAUGGGCAAGACAUGGUCUUCACAAUCUAUGGUGAUCACUGGCGGAAAAUGCGACGGAUAAUGACUGUCCCAUUCUUCACUAACAAGGUGGUCCACCACUAUAGGAGCAUGUGGGAGGAGGAGAUGGAUCAUGUUGUGAAGGACCUGUGGACAAACGAGAGUGUGCAGACCGAAGGCCUAGUGAUCCGGAGGCGGUUGCAGCUGAUGCUCUACAACAUCAUGUAUCGGAUGAUGUUUGAUUCGAGGUUCGAGUCGAUGGAUGACCCGCUGUUCAUACAGGCGACCCAGUUCAAUUCCGAGCGGAGCCGACUAGCGCAGAGCUUUGAGUAUAAUUAUGGGGAGUUCAUUCCUUUCCUUAGACCAUUUUUGAAGGGGUAUUUGGAGAGGUGCAGAGAGGUGCAGAGCAGGAGGCUGGCAUUUUUCAACAAUUAUUUCGUCGAAAACCGAAGGAAAACAAUGUCAACCGAUGGAGAUAGGCCCAAGAUAACAUGCGCCAUUGAUCAUAUACUUGAAGCUGAGAGAAAGGGUGAAAUAAACGAAAAAAACGUGUUGUAUAUUGUAGAGAACAUCAAUGUUGCAGCUAUAGAGACAACCUUGUGGUCCAUGGAGUGGGCCAUAGCUGAGCUGGUCAACCAUCCUGCUGUCCAGAGUAAGCUUCGAGCCGAAAUCUCGACCGUCCUUGGCGAGAAUCCGAUAACAGAAUCUGAUCUACCUAGGCUACCUUACUUACAAGCUAUAGUGAAAGAGACUCUAAGGAUGCACACACCCAUACCUUUGUUAGUGCCACACAUGAACCUUGAAGAAGCUAAGUUGGAUGGUUACACCAUCCCAAAGGGGUCCAAGGUGGUGGUCAAUGCAUGGUGGCUCGCCAAUAACCCGGCAUGGUGGAACAAUCCAGACGAGUUCCGGCCCGAUCGGUUCAUGGAAGAGGAAGCUGAAACGGAGACGGUCGUAGGUGGCAAGGUUGAUUUUAGGUACCUCCCAUUUGGGGUGGGCCGCCGAAGUUGCCCUGGGAUCAUACUUGCAUUACCAAUACUGGGGCUUGUGAUUGGGAAAUUGGUUUCAAAUUUCGAAUUGCACCCGCCAAAGGGGACGGACAAGAUCGACGUGAGCGAGAAGGGGGGACAAUUUAGUCUGCACAUUGCGAACCACUCAACCGUUGUUUUCAAACCAAUCAAGGGCUGAUAUGAUCACAGGAUUCGACGAUUUUUUUUUUCUUCUUUUAAAGUGUUGCAUGUUAAGAUAUCAUUACGUUCAAAGAAAUGCUAUGUUCUUUGUUAUUGUUAAAUGUGUGUGUGAAAUUUAAGUGAAGAUGUUUUGGGGAUUUUAAUAAUUUUUAAUA